UUCCAUGCCAACAAAGGGAUAUUCGAGGUUCUGGGUAUUCGCGAGCAUUUCAAUUUCCCAAAAUUACAUUCCCUUCAGCAUUAUGUGUCAGGCAUCCGACUAUUUGGCACGGCAGAUGGCACGAAUACCGCGCAGUCCGAGCAUUUGCACAUUACCCUCGCAAAAGAUCCAUGGCGCAAAUCGAACCGAAAGGAUGAAUACCCCCAGAUGACGAACACCGUGGUUCGUCUCGAGCAAAUUCACGCGCACGCACUCUAUGUCCAAUGGCGGCUCGACGGCCGACCCGAUAUUUCCUCUGAACCCACUCGCAUACCCCAUAAGCCACAUCAUCACGUCACCCGUCAUCCCACAUGCACCUCUGUACCCUUCGCCAAGGUCGAGUCGCGCUACAGUGCCUCCGAUUUUGCGCGCACUUUAAAGGAGUUCAUUAUCGGUCAUAAACAUCCGGAACUCUCGGGCCGCGAGUUCGCGGACACCAUGUCGUUAUACACCCUCCCUUUCCGCGCUGUCUCGGUCUGGCACAAGGUAAAGUUUUGGAAUCAAGAUGCCUUCCAGCGUCAGAACGCACCAGAGACCUUGGAUGCCAUUCAUGCUCGCCCAGGCUACCGCGACUCGCAAGGAAGAGCGGUUGGCGGGCGGUUUGACACCGCCCUGGUUGAUGAGCGAGGUGGUGGCCAUGCGGGUUCACAGACUGACCGAGGCUUAGGAUACCGCGUUGGACAGGUCCGCGUCAUAUUCAGCCUGUCAAAGAAGGCUCAUCAGAUGGUAUUCAAGGACGAUCCCGACGCACCUUCGCACCUUGUCUACUUAGAGUGGUUCAGCCGCUUCAAACCCCAACCUGAGGCCAACCAUCUAUUCUAUCGCGUUCAGCGAUCGCAUACACACGACGGUUUUCGAGUUGCGGCGAUCGUACCAUUACAGAGCCUUCAACGGAGUGUACAUCUCAUCCCGAAAUUCGGGGCAGAGAAACCACCUGAAUGGACCAGCGAGAAUGUUCUCGACCUUUGUGACACCUUCUACGCCAAUUCGUUUACGGAUAGGCACACUUACAUUACUGUUGUAUAG